AUGAAUAAUUUGUAUAAACAUGCAUUGAAACAAGAACAAGGUAUACGACAGGAACUUGAGAAAUUUGAGAGUGGAGAUGUGUCAGUUGGUUUACAAGGACAAAUUUCAGCAAGCCUUACAGCAUUAAAACGUACAAUUGAAGAUUAUGAUGUACAAGCUAAAAGAGAAGUGAUUUUGGUGAAACAAAACAAAGCAUUCGCAAAUAUAAGUAAAUUAAGAGAAGAUUAUAGUGAAAUGAAUUUUCAAUUUGAACGACUGAAGCAACGAGAAGCCAAUAAGAUUACAGAAAAUAACAGAUCAGAAUUAUUAGGAAGAAGACAUAACACAAAUACGCCGGAACAUCCAUACCAAAAUAAUAUCAAUAAUCAUGUUAACAAUAAUAUGACGAGGGAACAACAUGCUUUAAGAGAACACGAAUUUAUAAAUGAUACAGAAACAAAACUCGAUGAAUAUAUAGCACAUGGAAGAGAAGUGCUUCAUAAUAUUUACGAUCAAAAUAAUAUAUUAAAGAACGCACAAAGAAAAAUGCUUGACGCAGCAAAUACACUCGGAUUGUCUCGUAAUGUGAUUCAGUAUAUUGAGCGUAGAAUGUCUCAAGAUAAAUGGGUGUUUAUAGUUAAAUUUAUAAAUACAACACCUUCCACCUACGAUCCUGCAAGCCUCGACCUUCCUUAUAGUAGUGAAGAUGAUGACAACGGCAACGAUGCCGCUUCUUUUAAAGAAUUCGAAAAUAUCAAUAUCCCUUUUCCCCCAGACAUCAAAGCAGAGGCCUUGAUAAAUUGUAAAAAGAAUGGCAAGAUGCCGACUAGAUCUCCCAAUUCUUUUAUGGUCUAUCGGAAGGCCUUUGUAAACGAACUUCACAAAAAUGGUCAUUAUGUCUCAAUGACUACUGCCUCGCCAAUUAUCGCCAGAUUGUGGAGGCGUGAGCCAAAUCAUAUAAAAGACGCGUAUAGAGCUAUUUCCGAACAAGCCAAACAACUGUUUUUGCUAAGGCAACAUCGAAAAUCAGAUAAUGGCCGAGUAGAAG